AUGGGCGGUGGACCUGAAAACGGCUAUCGCACGGUAGCAUAUUUUGUAAACUGGGCUAUCUACGGCCGCAAGCACCGGCCUCAAGACUUGCCCGUGGACAAACUCACCCAUAUUCUCUACGCCUUUGCCAAUGUCCGGCCCGACUCGGGCGAGGUGUAUCUCACAGAUACAUGGGCCGACACGGAUAUCCACUGGGAGAAUGACUCAUGGAACGACUCUGGCAACAACCUGUACGGCUGUCUCAAGCAGCUGAACCUAUUGAAGCGCAAGAACCGGCAGCUCAAGAUUCUGCUCAGUGUCGGCGGUUGGACGUACAGCAGCAACUUCAAGCAGCCGGCUUCCACGCCGCAAGGCAGGGCUACGUUUGCCAACUCGUGUGUCGAGCUCAUCAAGAAUUUGGGUUUCGACGGCAUUGAUAUAGACUGGGAAUACCCUCAGUCCCCCGCCGAGGCUGCCGACUUCGUAGCUCUCCUGCGUGCCGUGCGCGAGGCCAUGGAUGCCUACAGCCGCACGCUUCCCCAGACAUAUCAUUUCGAGCUCACCGUCGCCUGUCCGGCCGGCGCACAAAACUACGAGAAGCUCGAUUUGCCCGGAAUGGACAGACUGCUCGAUUUUUGGAAUCUGAUGGCUUACGACUAUGCCGGAAGCUGGGACCAAAAGGCAGGCCACCAGGCCAACCUGUACCCAUGCCGGAGCAACCCGGGAUGCACCCCUUUUAGCACCGUCGCCGCCGUGGACUACUACACAUCUCGAGGCGUGCCGGCCAACAAAAUCGUGCUCGGCAUGCCCAUCUACGGACGAGCAUUCCAGGGCACCGACGGCCCCGGCUGCCCCUACAACGGCGUCGGCGAGGGCACGUGGGAGAAUGGCGUCUUUGACUACAAGAAACUGCCCCUGGCGGGCGCCGAAGAGAGGUACGAUCCCGAGUCGGGGGCUAGCUACUGCUACAACCCUGCGACGCGGACCAUGGUCACGUACGACACGGCCGCAAUGGCGCAGAUGAAGACGCAAUACCUUCAGGGCAGAGGUCUAGGCGGUGCCAUGUGGUGGGAGAGUAGCGCAGACAAGGAGGGGCCUGAGAGUUUGAUUGGAAAUGUGGUGCAUGUCAUGGGAGGACAGGGAGCGUUGGAUCAGACACCAAACUGCAUCACGCAGCCGGCGACAAAAUACGACAACCUGCGGGAUGGGUUCCCCAAUGACAGGUAUUGA